UGAAAAAAAUGGAAUCACGCAUUGAAAGCUGUUGAAUUUUAUCAAAUUUUCUUCGAUUUUGAUCGUUGAUCGCUUGCACGAUGGCUGAGGCAAGAAGUGCAGUACUCGAGCCACGGGUUGAGUACAUUGAAGAAGGAAGGGAGCCAGGGAAAGACUUUGUGAGGGCCCUCACAAAAAGUGUUCGGAGACGAUUUUUCAGGACUCGUAAUCUCAUCAGAAAUGGCAUGUGGCCGACCUCCAUAUGGAAUCUCGGACUGACCGUCGGGCUCCUGUCUCUCUGUCUGAUCGGCGAUUGGUCAUUCGUCCAACCAAUCAACAGACUGCUAUGGGCGCUAGCUGAUUUCCUACACAUACAUCCCGGGAUCCCGUUUGGUAUACGAAUCAUCCUAGUUACGUUCUCAAUGGGGUUCCUGUUCUUCUUGGUGCUACUCCACGUUCGGCGGUAUACACUCAGGGUACUUCUGUCGUAUAGAGGAUGGAUGUAUGAAAGACCUCAUUCUCAGUCAUGGAGAACCGUGUUCUGGGCGGUCGUCGUCAUGUUGUGGCGAGGAUACAGUCCAAUCACGUACAGCUACCAGCAAAGUUUACCCAGGAUGCCUGUGCCGCCGUUAAAGGCGUCCUUAGCGAGAUUCUUGGGCAGCAUUGAGCCUCUUUAUGACGAGGAGAAGUUCAAGGAGUUGAAAUCUCAGGCCGAGGAUUUUGAAAAAACUUUAGGUCCGAAACUACAGAAGAUUUUGCAGCUGAAAUCGUGGUGGGCACAAAACUAUGUCACAGAUUGGUGGGAAAAAUAUGUUUACCUUAUGGGAAGAAGCCCAAUAGCCAUUAACAGUAACUACUAUGCACUUGACCAGAGUUAUUGGACCCCCACGAAGAGACAAGUUUCCAGGGCCGCUGUCGUCGUCUACCAAUUCGUGCGAUUCAAGCGAUUGCUCGAUCGCGAAGAGGUUCCCCCGCUGCUGAUUCGUAACACGAUUCCUCUCUGUAUGAACCAAUACGAACGCGCCUUCUCGACGACGCGAAUACCUGGCGAGGAUAUCGAUGAACUCGUCCAUUAUGAUUCCGCCGUUUCUAAGCAUAUCAUAGUAAAAGCUAAAGGCCUGUUGUAUAAAUUAGACAUGUUUGAUUCACUGGGGGCGCCACUGGCAGUGCAGCAUCUCGAACACCAGCUACAGUGGAUAUUAGACGACGCCACCAAACAAUACGAUGAGGUAGGAGAAAUUGACAAAGCCGUCAGUGCGUUGACGGGCCUAAACCGAACAGAAUGGCACCGUAUACGAAAGAAGCACUUUAGGUCUGGAAUCAAUAAGGAAUCAAUAGAUGUAAUCGAAAAGGCCAUAAUGUUUGUCAUCCUGGACGAUAUUUCCAUUGAUGGCAUGAGUAACCGUGGGAAGUACCUCCUCCAUGGCGAUGGUACCACAUUCUGGUUCGAUAAGUCGCUUAAUCUAUGUUUCUUCACGGACGGCCGCCUCGGAAUGAACGUCGAGCACGCGUGGGGUGACGCACCAGUCAUGGCCCACAUAUCAGAAUAUGUCAUGACUAACGAGAUAGAACAGUACGACGAAUUUUAUACGAAAGAUGGAUUUGUUUGUCCUAUACGUAACAAAGAGGAAGUCAUCGAAGAAAUUCGCUAUACCUCAGAAGGCUACGCCAUUCCGGAACGAACGCAACGUGUCCACAUGAUGAGGCAGCCUUUGCGACUAUUAUGGGAUAUCAACGAGGAAUUGGGGACGAAGAUUACACAGGCAGUGGAACACAACAGAGUGAAUAAUGAUGACCUUGACCUCUGUGUUCGCGACCACAGCUCCUAUGGCAAAGGUUUGAUGAAGAAGCUGAAGGUUAGCCCCGACGCCUACAUCCAGUUAGCGUUGCAGCUAGCCUACUAUCGCGACGCGGGUAAAUUAACGCUUGUUUACGAGUCCUCCAUGACCAGGCUGUACCUCCAUGGCCGCACAGAGACAGUGCGAUCUCUGACAAAGGAGUCGUACGCGUUUGUGAAAGCUUUCAGUGACAGCUCCACACCCCCUGAUGUGGUCAAAGCCCUCCUCAGAAAAGCAUGUGAUGUACACCAGGGAUUAUACAGAGACGCGAUGAAUGGCAAGGGUCUCGAUCGACACAUGUUUGCCUUAUAUGUCGCUUGCAAGGGUUCAGGAAAUGAGAGUGAAUUCUUGCAUAAUGCGAUGACGAUUCCUUGGACGCUAUCGACCAGUCAACAGCCGCAGCAACAGAUAGCGGGAACGCCAGACUGUAACUUGCCACUCUACGCCAACAAGGUCUGCCCUGGCGGUGGAUUCGGCCCCGUCUCCGAUGAUGGCUACGGGGUCUCCUACAUGAUCCCCGGCGACAAGAAAGUCUUCUUCCACGUCUCGUCCAAGAAAAAAGCGCCGCAGACCGACUCAAAGCGCUUUAUGGAUUUACUGUUUGAAGCGCUUGACGAUAUGAGGAAAUUAUUCGCAGGACCGCCCGUCGAAGAAAACGGCCAUGUUGGUAAAUCUUAAAGGCGGUAUCAAUGGAUAUUACAACUACAAAUUACGAAUUACGAAUUACAAUCUCAUCUCAGAUCAUUUCAUGUAUGGAUUAGAAGUUCCAAAUACAAAUACAGUAGAACCUCUCUAUUAAGGACACCCUCGUGACUGACAAGUGCUGUCCUUAUUAGAGAGGUGUCCUGAUUAGAGAGGUCAAAUUGAAUGGUAACAACCACAUU